UUGGAGCUCAGCUUCCUUUUUGUGUGCGCAUGGGCCACCAGCAUGUACACACACUCAAGGUCUCCCACCCAAUGGGGCCGCGCACUCACCCCCAUCUUUGGAUCUUUGUGCCUGAGCGCUUGCGAUUCGCAGCAAAGCCAGGCACACUCUUCUCUCUGCAGACCCACGCCUUGCUUUGGAGACAACAGCCUUCUCCGGAGCCAUCGAUAGUUUCAGAAUUUAAAGCAGAAAGACACUGGUGCCCCUGUAGCUAAAGAAUGGUCGUCCAGGUGCAAAGCCCUUUCCACCGAAGGUCUCUCCCCACCACCCGGGGCCUGCCAAUCUCAAUAUUCUCUGGCCCUAGUGCCUCCAGAGGCAUCCUAGCUCCCCUGGCGGCCCCAGGGGCUGCCUUCCCCUUCCCGCAACAUUUCCGCUGCCUAGUGAAGAGCCCCGCCUCUCCCCCCUCCCGACGGGCUGUUCUUUCUCCCCUCUGCCUGGGUCACCCACUCCUCUUGCGGUUGAGGGACCCUGCAUGACAGCUCUCCUCUCUGGUCCCCACUCCCAGCCGGCGUCUGUUGCCGCUCGGGGGGGCGUUAUCCACAGUCCCUGCGACUUCCACCAGCUCCUUCCAACUGAGGCUGGUCUCUUCCAGCUGGCCAUCCUGCCUGCCAAAUAAUGGUUCGGGGUGGCUGGAGCCAGAUGAAGGGCGCCACAGAUCGGCCAAAACAGGUCCCUGUUUUUUCAAGGCCAGCAGUGCACACAGGUCUUUCCGUGGGCCUGAAAGCAGCACAGUUGCUCCUUACAUGAUGACAGGCAAAAGCCUAUCCUGCAGGAACAAGAUGGUCCCUACCAGCGUGAAGUUUCCAGAACCUCUGGGGACCCUACAGAUUUCCCCCAGAAAACAACCAGGGCCUCCAAGAGGCGCCAGAAUGCAUGUGGGUAGAGAAAUUGGAAAGGUGCAUUGGAGAGUCAAGGCCUAGACUCCGGCUCAGGAUUUCAAUAGGCGGAAAAGACACACGCCACCACUAAGUCACCUCCCUUGUGAGGACAGAUCCUGCUGUCAAAACUCUCUGAAGCAAACCCAGUGUGCGCUGAAUUCUAGCCACUUCACCACCAGUGCAGUCUAUAAACACUGCUUGACCUCUGAUGCAGAAUAGCCGCAGCUCACACAGACCGGGCGCUUCACAGUGGGCAGGCCCUGCGCUAAGCUCCUGGCAUGUUUCGCUUCAUUUAACCCUAGCAACAACCUUGAAAAAGGUAUGAUUGUCUCCUUGUUAUAGGUAAGGAAUGUCCAUGGCCACACUAACUAGCCUGAGUAUUAGAACCAAGAGCCAUCAAACACCGAAGUUUAGUAAUAAUGCCUUGAUUCUCUUUUACAUACAUGCUCUGUGCAGCCUCCGCUGCAAGUGUUACAAGGGCAAAUGCAGCUGGCACCCUGCCCUAACCAGGGCGACCAGGCAGGCACACACAGCUAUAGAACUAAGUGGGAAAUAAUAAGUGACAUGGCUGCAACUUCAGAGGUGAGAGAGAGAGAGAGAGAGAGGACUUCCGGCCAGGCGAUCAGGGAGCGCUUCCUUGGAGGAGGCAGUAUUUGAGCAGAGUCUUGGUAAAUAGCUUUCAGCUGAUGGAGACAGGGCCAGGAAAGAUGUUCCAGAUGGAGAGAACAGCUUAAGCAAAGGCAACAAGGCGGAAACUGACAUCCAUAGAUCGAUAAAACAUUCCGUCUCCUCGCGGAUUCAGCGCCCGGUAUUUACCGGCCAGGAAUUUUUCUGCCGCAGCAGCAGCUAUAAAAACCACACUCUUGGGUCAUCCUUCCCGGGUGUUGGUUGGUGGACAGCGACGUUCCCAGGACUGGUCCAGGUCGGCAAGGUACAAUCAGGCGAGGCAGGAAUCGGUGGUUCAAACACCCGGGUCAGUGCAGCCUCACCAGAAACCACAAGGACUGCAGGACUCCACACCAGCCCAUGUCUAUUUCUGGUAGCUCCACGGCAUCCAACUUGGCAAAAGCGGGGGGCGUGGCUCAUGUGAGCCACAACCAAUGGGGAGGGCGGCCGGGGAGCGGGCACCGCCCCCAGACGUGACGCAGAACCCCCGGACAGAGGCUUCUCAGCCCGGGCCCCAGUCCUUGCAGUGGCUGUAACAAAACCCAGACCCCCAGGUCCCGGCCAAUGGAGGCAAUUUAGACUGGAGUGGGACCGCGUCUGUCAAAAGCCGGACUCGGCAGCAGCGGCAGAGGCCAGAAAGAGAACUGGAGCCGCUGCGUUGCCUCCCCGCCCCCGCCGGGAUUUAUUGAGUAUUUGGACUGGACAAUUAAGUGGCCCUGAUGAUGUUACCAAGCCCGGUCACCUCCACCCCUUUCUCAGUCAAAGACAUUUUGAAUCUGGAGCAGCAGCAGCACUUCCACGGUGCGCACUUGCAGGCGGACUUGGAGCACCACUUCCACUCGGCGCCCUGCAUGCUGGCAGCAGCUGAGGGGACGCAAUUUUCUGACGGAGGGGAGGAGGACGAGGAAGAAGAGGGCGAGAAAUUGUCCUAUUUAAACUCACUAGCCUCAACCGACGGCCACGGGGAUUCCGGGCUCUGUCCCCAGAGGUAUGUCCACACAGUCUUACGAGACUCGUGCAGCAGGCCGAAAGAACUUGAAGAGGAGCCCGAGGUCGUGCGGGACCGGAGCCAAAAAAGCUGCCAGCUGAAGAAGCCUCUAGAGGCUGCGGGAGAUUGUAAAGCAGCGGAGGAGAGCGAAAGACCGAAGCCGCGCAGCCGCCGGAAGCCCCGGGUCCUCUUCUCGCAAGCCCAGGUCUUCGAGCUGGAACGCAGGUUCAAGCAGCAGCGGUACCUAUCCGCGCCUGAGCGCGAGCAUCUCGCCAGCAGUCUGAAGCUCACGUCCACGCAGGUGAAAAUCUGGUUCCAGAAUCGCAGGUACAAGUGCAAGAGACAGCGGCAGGACAAAUCUCUGGAGCUGGGCGCACAUGCGGCCCCGCCGCCGCCGCGCCGUGUGGCAGUACCGGUGCUAGUGCGGGACGGCAAACCCUGCGUCACGCCCAGCGCGCAGGCCUACGGAGCGCCCUAUAGCGUGGGCGCCAGCGCCUACUCCUACAACAGCUUUCCUGCCUACGGCUAUGGGAACUCGGCAGCCGCAGCAGCCGCAGCUGCUGCCGCCGCUGCCGCCGCGGCCUACAGUGGCAGCUACGGCUGUGCGUACCCGACAGGCGGCGGCAGCGGCGGAAGCGGGGUCUCAGCGGCGACCACCACUAUGCAGCCCGCCUGCAGUGCGGCUGGAGGCGGCCCCUUUGUGAACGUGAGCAACCUGGGGGGCUUUGGAGGUGCCGGCGGAGCCCAGCCCUUGCACCAGGGCACUGCAGCUGGGGCUGCGUGCGCUCAGGGCACUUUGCAGGGCAUCCGAGCCUGGUAGGAACUGGGCAGGUCACACGGCAGGCGCUCCACCGCAGGCUGGCGCCUUGGGACUGAAGCGCGAGAAAGGCCGGACCCAAGGGUCAGGUCCCCUCGUUAAAAAAACAAAUACACGUCUUGCUUCCCAGGACUCUGGAUCACAGCUUACUAGAGACCUGGGGAGGCGGGUUCCGGGGCGAGGAGGAUGCAGGGAUCCGGUAGCCUGGACUGUCUCUGAGGCAGCAACGGGAGCUGGGCGCUGGGGAGGACGACAGCCCCCAAACCUGGCAGCCAGGGGCGGAGGUUCAGGAGGCUAGGACUGUAGCUGCCGUUGUGUUCUUCCAAAGCGAGAAGGGCUUCUCUCCGUUGGCUUUAUCUCCGCCUCUGGGAAGCAUUGGCGGAGAACCCAAGGACAAAAAGUUUUAAAAGCAUGAAGGAGAGAAAAAUGAGGGUCGUGGCUUGAAAAAUACCAGGUCCUGGGGAUCCUCUGCCCACUUUGCGGGCCUGGAACACCAGGCCACAGUCGAUUUUGACUUCCCAACUGCCUCCCCGCCGCAGCGGAUACCUUGGCUCGGACCUCCAGAUUGCUGGGCGGGGGACGCAGAAAGAACUCUUCCAGGAAAACCAGGCGAGAGAGAUCAAAAUUGGGGGCGGGGGGCACUGAACAAGUCCGGGACCUGGCAGCCCACUGGAGGUGUUACCGGGUUUCCUUUCUGUUUCAUAUUCUUUAUUCAGCACAUAUUAUCUAUAUGUAUAACUAUAUCGACACACCGUGUACACACACGCUGCCAUACACUACAGGAGUCAAUAAACGAGGUGCAAUAUUUCCAAA